AUGGCGGCCUUGGGGUUGCUGGUCCUGCUCCUGCUGCUGUCCUCACCACCCCUGCAGCCCUCCUUGCUGCCCCAGCCGGACACCGCAGAAAGCAAGGCCACCAUCGGGAGCCUGAUCCUGUCCUCACUGGAGCGAGCCACCCUCUUCCUGGAAGACAGGCUGCCGGAUUUCAACCUGGAUGGCAUGGCAGGCUUUCAGGUGCUACAAGUGCAGCUCAGCGCCGUUCAGGAGGCGUGGGCCCAGGACCCUCUGCUGCAGGCACUGAGCCAGCGCGCAGGAAGGCUGGCUGAGAAGCUGGUGGUCCUCCUUAGCAGAUCCAACUCCUACCUGCAGCUGAGCAGCCCCACCUACCUCCAAGCGUUCCAGCCAAUCAUCCAGCCAGGGUUCUGGAAGCUUCCUCAUGCCUGGACCCAUAUCAAUACCUCCAUGGUCUACCCAGCAUUUCCAUCCGAGGACCCCUUCUCAGAGUCCUACAGUGACCUGUGCCUGGCUCAGCUCCUGGGAACCAGGACAAACGACAGCCAGCCCUGUGGGUACUCUAAGUUCUGCAGUGACUUCAUGACGAAGACUGGCUACUCUGGCUACUACCUGUCCCACCAGCUCCUCUACUUCCUCUUCUCCAAAAUGCUCGGAUGCACCAAAGGGCUGUUCAGCCAAGCCCAGUAUUUCAUGGACCUCUUCUGUGCCAACAUGAUGGACUUGAACCGAAGAGCUGAGGCCAUCAGAUACGCCUAUCCCGUCCGGGACCUCUUCAUGGAAAACAUCAUGCUCUGUGGACUUGCUGGAUUUGGAGACUUCUACAAGCUCCGGUGGCUGGACGCCAUUCUUAGCUGGCAGAAGCCUCUAGAAGGAUGCUUUGGAAUACCUGCUCCUGAAGAUCCAGUGUCUAAAGCCCUUCAAAACCAACAGCGUUUCUUGAAAAGAGUGAAGAGGCGAGAAAAGCAAUUUUCAGAUGGCUGCUCUGUCCACAACACCGCGGUGGCAGUUGGAGCCAUUGGUGGCUUCCUCUACGUCCUGGUGGAGUCCCCUCUGACACCUGGAAGUGUGCUCCUGUCCACCCACUGUCGCCAAGGCCAAGAAGCUCCUGAGAUGGCUGGGUCCACGCUUGCCACCCCAAAAUGA